AGCAAUCCAGCUCUCUAAAAAGUCGAAGAAGAAAAGCAGAGAGGAAGACGAAAAUGGAAGAGAAAAAAGAAAAAGGGGAGGAAGCCCCAAACUUUCCAGCAUUUCCGUACAAGCCCUACGCCAUACAGAUCGAUUUCAUGAACGCCCUCUAUCACUCUCUCAACAAAGGAGGUCUUUCCAUGCUCGAAAGCCCCACAGGGACUGGAAAAACUCUCAGUAUCAUUUGUAGUGCUUUGCAAUGGGUGGUUGAUAGGAGGCAACAACAGAAGACUGAAGAUAGGAUUGAAUCUGAUCGUAAUGGUGCAAAAGAUGGUCAAGUUGACUCAGAUGAUGAACCGGAUUGGAUGAGAAAUGCUGUCAUUAACAAAGACAAGCAGAGUGAGGAGAUGAAGAAUAAAAUGAAGGAGAAGUUUGGGAUUGGAUUUCGAAGGAAAGAGGGAAACAAUUUGCAAAUGAGCAAUGGUGCUGUGGAGUUGAGUGAUGAAGAUUUUUUGGUGGAAGAUUAUGAAAGCGAAGAGGAAGGGAAUCUGGGUGGUGGGAAGUCAAAGAGGAAGGUUGCUGGGGUUUCCCUUAGUUCAAGCGAGGAAGAUGAAGAAUAUGGGUCUGGUGAUGAUGAAUAUGAGGAGGGCGAGAAGCUGCAGGUUUAUUUUUGUAGCCGAACACAUUCACAGCUUUCACAGUUCAUAAAGGAGUUAAAGAAGACUGUUUUUGCUAAUGAGAUGAAGGUGGUCUGUUUGGGCUCUAGGAGGAACUUCUGCAUCAACGAAGAUGUAUUGAAACUUGGAAACUCAACUCGCAUUAAUGAACGCUGUUUGGAACUUCAAAGAAACAAGAAUAAGGAAGUUUCCAAAAUCAUGAAUGUGGGUGCAGGAGGAAGGAUUCGCAGGAACAAGGCUUCUUGUGGCUGCCCAAUGCUUAGAAAACAUAAACUACAAAAGGAAUUCAGGAGCAUGAUGUCUCAACAAGGUGCCUUGGAUAUUGAAGAUCUUGUUCAUCUUGGAAAAAGCAUGAGGACUUGUCCAUAUUAUGGCUCCCGAAGCAUGGUUACUGUUGCUGAUCUGGUGGUUCUACCGUAUCAAUCUCUACUUUCAAAAGCAUCUCGCGAGUCACUUGGGCUCAAUUUAAAGAAUAAUAUCGUUAUUAUAGAUGAGGCUCACAAUCUAGCUGACUCCUUAAUCAGCAUGUAUGACUCAAGAAUCACUUUGUCGCAGCUGGAGGAUGUGCACAGCCACAUCGAGAAGUACUUUGAAAGAUUUUGCAAUGUAUUGGGACCUGGUAAUCGUAGAUAUAUCCAAACUCUCAUGGUACUCACUCGGGCUUUCCGCCAAGUGUUUCUCAAAGAUGAUAGAAGUUAUGGAGAUUCCUUCCGUGAUACUGAAAAGGGUUCUGGAGCAAGUGGGAUGUCUACUUCCUCUAUGGCCAUUAAUGAUUUUUUAUUUUCCCUCAAUGUAGACAACAUCAACUUGGUCAAAUUGCUUCAGUAUAUAAAGGAAAGCAACAUCAUGCACAAGGUUAGUGGGUAUGGCGAUAAAGUAGCUAGCUUUCAAAAAAAUUUGGCACUUAAUGGCGGUGAAGACGGAAGCACUCUGUCCAGUUUCCAAGCUUUAGCAAAUUUGUUGCUAUCACUGACAAAUAAAGAUGGUGAUGGGAGGAUUAUCAUCUCAAGGACUAGUACAACAUGCUCUAGAGAGGAUGGACGAUAUAUAAAAUAUGUUAUGCUCACUGGGGAUAAGAUUUUUUCUGAGAUUGUAGAUCAAGCACAUUCCGUGGUACUGGCUGGGGGAACUCUGCAACCUAUAGAAGAAACAAGGGAGCGACUCUUCCCUUGGUUACCACCGGGCCAGUUGCAAUUCUUUUCAUGUAGUCAUAUUGUUCCCCCGGAGAGCAUUUUGCCAGUUGCAGUUUCCCGUGGCCCUUCUGGUCACACUUUUGAUUUUAGCUACAGCUCCAGAAGGUCAUCAAUCAUGAUACAGGAACUAGGGCAAUUGCUUUGUAAUUUGGUGACAGUGGUUCCUGAGGGAAUUGUUGUCUUCUUCUCCUCGUUUGAUUAUGAAGGGCAAGUUUAUGAUGCCUGGGAGGCUUCAGGCAUCCUUGAAAGGAUUAAGAAGAAGAAGCGUCUAUUUAGAGAGCCUAGAAAGAAUACAUAUGUAGAAUCUGUUCUCAAGGAAUACAAGGAAACAAUUGAUACAUUGUCUUCUGGGGAGCGGAAAGAAAAUCCUUCUCAAAGUGGUGCAAUGCUUCUUGCUGUCGUUGGUGGUAAGAUAUCAGAAGGCAUCAACUUAAGUGAUGGGAUGGGCCGGUGUAUAGUCAUGGUUGGACUGCCCUAUGCUAGCCCUUCUGAUAUUGAGUUAAUGGAGAGGGUGAAGUAUAUUGAAGGGUUGGGAGAUUCAGAUUCCACUAAGACACCAAAUCUUUCACUUGGUAAUGAACUGUGCAGUGAAGAAGUACAUGCAGGGUUUAAUGUCCUCAGAAGUUGCAGACGCAGAGGAAAAGAAUAUUAUGAGAAUCUAUGCAUGAAAGCUGUUAAUCAGUCCAUUGGUAGAGCAAUCCGGCAUAUAAAUGACUAUGCAGCAAUUUUACUAGUCGACACACGGUACGCAUCUGAUUCCUCCGAACGGAAUUUUUGCCAUCCAACUAGCAAGCUUCCUCAGUGGAUAAAGGAUCGCUUCGUUGCUUCAACUGAUUAUGGUGAAGUUCAUAGAAUGUUGCAUCAGUUCUUCAAACAUAACAAGAAGAGAUGGUUGCAGCAAUAAGUUAUCUGGAGGAAGUAGCUGAGAUUGAGAA